AUGGGUCUUAUUCGAUUGCCUUCUUUAGUUUCCAAUGUAAAAUGCUUUGGCAGAUCGACCUCUCUUCGUGACAGAAGUUAUCAAAGUGAUGUGCCAAAAGGUCAUCUUGCAGUGUACGUUGGUGAAACCCAGAAGAGGCGGUUUGUUGUCCCAAUAUCUUACUUGGAUCAACCAUUGUUUCAAGUUUUGUUGCGUCAAUCUGAGGAAGAAUUUGGGUUUGACCACCCAAUGGGAGGUCUAACCAUUUCCUGCAAAGAAGAUGAAUUUGUCAAGCUUACCACCCUGUUGGAAACUUCAUGA